AAUCCCAUGCAGUCCGGUCGGUGGAUCCAAUGCGAUCAGGCCGGCAGCUCCCUGGCCGGCUCCCAGCCCGAGCCCAUCAUUGCGCCGCCGCCUCCAGCUCCAGCUCAUCCGGAUGAGGGGGAAGGAAGACGAUACCAGACGCUACUCCUACAACUCACCACCACUACACUAUCCCCUCCGCUCUCUCUCCGCACUACUGCGUAUUAGGUAGCCUCUCGCAUUGACAAGCCAGCCGGUGGUUUGGUUCGCUUUGCUUUGCUUACGUGCUGCGCUGCGCGCUCCGACCAGGCCCGCCCCGACCGGCGAUGCAGCGGUGGCUCCCGGCGCUCCUCCGCCGCGCGGCGCCCGGCGGCGGCGCGGCGCGGCUCCUCGCCACGUCCUCCCUCCUCUUCGACGACACGCAGGAGCAGUUCAAGGAGAGCGUGCGCAAGUUCGCGCAGGAGGCCAUCGCGCCGCGCGCCGCGGCCAUCGACGCCUCCAACCACUUCCCGCGGGACGUGGACCUGUGGAGGCUCAUGGGAGACUUCAACCUCCACGGCCUCACCGCGCCCGAGGAGUACGGCGGGAUGGGGCUCGGGUACAUGUACCACUGCAUCGCCAUGGAGGAGAUCACCAGGGCAUCCGGCGCCGUCGGCCUCUCCUACGGCGCGCACUCCAACCUCUGCAUCAACCAGCUCGUCCGGCACGGAAACCCGGAGCAGAAGCUCAAGUAUCUGCCCAAGCUGAUCAGUGGGGAGCAUAUCGGGGCACUGGCGAUGAGUGAACCCAACUCUGGCUCUGAUGUCGUCAGCAUGAAGUGCAAAGCUGAGAAAGUGGACGGUGGCUAUGUCCUUAAUGGGAAUAAGAUGUGGUGCACCAAUGGCCCGUCUGCUCAGACACUGGUUGUUUACGCAAAAACAGAUCUAGCUGCAGGGUCAAAAGGAAUAACUGCAUUCAUAAUCGAGAAAGGGAUGCCCGGGUUCAGUACUGCUCAGAAGUUGGACAAACUUGGCAUGAGAGGAAGCGACACGUGUGAGCUUGUUUUUGAGAACUGCUUUGUGCCAUGCGAAAAUGUCCUCGGUGAAGAAGGCAAAGGUGUUUAUGUCAUGAUGUCAGGGCUUGAUCUGGAAAGGCUUGUAUUAGCUGCGGGCCCUAUUGGCCUUAUGCAGGCAUGCCUUGAUGUUGUACUUCCAUAUGUUCGCCAGAGGGAGCAAUUCGGCCGUCCAAUUGGUGAAUUUCAGUUCAUACAGGGGAAAAUGGCUGAUAUGUACACUUCGUUGCAGUCGUCAAGAUCAUUUGUAUACUCAGUUGCUAGGGACUGCGAUAAUGGCAAAGUUGAUCGCAAGGAUUGUGCAGGAGUAAUUCUCUUUGCUGCUGAAAAUGCAACCCAAGUUGCACUUCAGGCAAUCCAGUGUCUUGGUGGAAAUGGGUACAUAAAUGAGUACCCAACUGGUCGUCUCCUGAGAGAUGCAAAAUUGUUUGAGAUUGGUGCCGGUACUAGUGAGGUAAGAAGAAUGAUAAUUGGCCGUGAGCUCUUCAAAGAGGACUGAAACUUCUAUUUUGCAAGCCAGAUAUCAGAGCAUAUUGUUAGCUGGAGGAGGUGAGGGCGAUUUAGAUAUUUAGCAAAUCACCCCUGUGGUUCAAUGCUUUUGUAUAACCGCAGACAUACAUCAAAUAAAGUUCACUUGUACUUGCUGCUUGCAGUGGCUCUAUUUUUCUGUCAAUAAAGUUUUUUAUGUCUCUGACUUAUGCAAUGUUGUUCAGUUGCAUUUUACUAUAUUAGUGUAGACAAGACAGUAAUAUAAAUGUUUCAAUGAGUGCAGAAUAGAGGUAUUGCUUAA